AUGAUGAGCAAGUCGGCAGCGAUAAUUCUUCUAGCGGGAGCAAUUUGUUUCACGCUCAUGCCAACGUUGACUCGGGCAGCAGAGUUCGCCAAUUGUGCCAAUGCAACGGCCAUCGGAAAGUAUACCUUGGUGGAGGUGUCAAACUGUGCCGACACGGAUGCGUCCUGUGUCCUUAAGCGCAACUCCAACGCUACCAUCUCCAUCACCUUCACGAGCGCCGAGGACUUGACGGAACUGAAAGCGGUCGUGCACGGUAUCAUUCUCGGUAUGCAGGUACCAUUCAAGCUACCGAAUGAUGACGGCUGUAAGGAUAGUGGACUUGAAUGUCCGCUCUCGAAGGAUACCAGCUACCGUUACAGUACCACGCUGCCCGUGCUGAAGCAAUAUCCCAAGGUGUCGGUCGAGGUAAAGUGGGAACUUAUGGCAGGCGACAAGGAUGUUCUAUGCGUGCUGAUUCCCGCCAAAAUUCAGUAGACGAGACGGA